GCCCGAGGGGCUGUGGGGGCCGUGCCGGCCGCGGGCAGCUGCGGGCGGCCGCCGGCGCGCAGCGGAGCGGAGCGGAGCGGGAUCACCCGCUGCUGGGAGCCGCACCACGGCAAGCACGGAGCAGCGCCGCAGCAGCACCGCGCCCGCGGCGCCGGAUCCCCCUCCGCGGCAAAGAACAGUUCUGCAGUGUCUGAGGAUGGAUAAAGACUUCCGCUACUACUUCCAGCACCCGUGGUCUCGCUUAGUUGUGGCUUACUUAGUGAUCUUCUUUAACUUCUUAAUAUUUGCCGAGGACCCAGUAUCUCACAGUCAGACAGAAGCCAAUGUUAUUGUUGUUGGUAAUUGUUUCUCCUUUGUAACAAAUAAAUACCCUGAAGGAGGAGGCUGGAGAUUUUUGAAGGUUUUUCUGUGGCUGCUUGCCAUUCUCACAGGACUGAUAGCUGGGAAAUUUCUCUUCCAUCAGCACCUGUUUGGUCAGUUGCUCCGUCUGAAAAUGUUUCGAGAGGACCAUGGGUCUUGGAUGACGAUGUUCUUCAGUACCAUCCUCUUCCUCUUCAUUUUUUCUCACAUUUAUAAUCUGUUUCUCAUUAUGGCGGGGAAUAUGAGUGCAUACAUUAUAACAGACUUCAUGGGCAUCAGGAAUGAAAAUUUUAUGAAGGUAGCUGCAGUUGGGACUUGGAUGGGAGAUUUUGUCACAGCAUGGAUGGUCACAGAUAUGAUGCUUCAGGAUAAGCCCUAUCCAGACUGGGGAAAGUCUGCCAGAGCUUUCUGGAAGAAGGGAAACAUUAGGAUCAUUUUAUUCUGGACGGUUCUAUUUACACUGACCUCUGUAGUUGUGCUUGUCAUCACGACUGACUGGAUCAGCUGGGACAAGCUUAAUCGUGGAUUUCUGCCAAGUGAUGAAGUCUCAAGAGCCUUCUUGGCUUCUUUCAUCUUGGUGUUUGACCUUCUUAUUGUCAUGCAGGACUGGGAGUUUCCACAUUUUAUGGGCGAUGUUGAAGUGAAUCUUCCAGGCUUACCAUCUGCACACAUGCAGUUCAAAGUACCUUAUUUCCAAAAGAUCCUCAAAGAGGAGUAUCACAUACAUAUAACAGGCAAAUGGUUUAACUAUGGAAUUAUCUUCCUUGUUUUGAUCUUGGAUCUGAAUAUGUGGAAGAACCAAAUAUUUUACAAACCUCAUGAAUAUGGUCAAUAUAUCGGUCCCGGGCAGAAGAUCUACACAGUGAAGGACUCGGAAAGCUUGAAAGACCUUAAUAGAACUAAAUUAUCCUGGGAGUGGAGAUCCAAUAACACCAACCCAUUGACGAACCGGACCUAUGCCGAAGGAGACAUGUUCUUGCACAGCAGAUUCAUAGGCUCUAGCCUUGAUGUCAAAUGCCUGGCUUUUAUUCCAAGUUUGCUGGCUUUUGCUUUGUUUGGUUUCUUCAUCUGGUUCUUUGGGCGAUUUCAGAAAACUGAUCAAGGCAUGGAGAAUUUAGACAAAUCAUACACAAGAAUGAAAAGAAAGUCACCAUCAGAUAUGGGAAUGACACGAGAAAAUACACAGGUGUUGGUAGAAGAACCAUUAAGUUUUCAAGAACCACAUCUUGUAUCCAUAAAAUCAGACUUAAGUGAAAUAGUUUUUAAUUCUUCUCUCCUAACUUCUGAAAACUUGAACGCACAACUGAAUGAACCAGAUAGCCCUUUACAGCCAGUACCAGAGUCUUCUGUCCCUAAGAAUAAACCUGUGACAUAAAGGCAAACACCCAGGAAAAUCAGUUUAAAUAAGCAGUUACUAUAAGUUUUCAGUUUUACCUUUUGUAAGUUAAGAUUUACAUAGUGUUUAGAACAAGAAACUCAACCUAUACCAAAAGGUGCUCAGCAUGCUUUUUUUAGGAAUUCUGUUUUUUAUUUGUAUUAUAGUACGUGCCUACUGUAUAUCUAACAUUCCUUUAUAGAUUGCUUCCCAAAAUUGCACAAGCUGUUUAUUAAUACAUUACCUUAACUGUAUAAUAGUGUAUUAGAUGAUUACUUGCAGGUAUAAAAUUCUACCGUGGUGGUGCCUUGAGACAUUAAACUGUUUUUUAACUCAACACCAGGUGUAUAGCACAGUUCUUCUAAUCUACUUUGCAAAGCUUUUUGUAUAUGGUUAUUUUAAGUACCAUUUGAUGUCUUCACAGAGAUAAACAUAGUUAUUCCUAAAGAAGGGUUUGUGUUAGGACAUCACAACUUGACUUUGUUAUUUGCUCAUCUGCGAAGCCAGUGACUUUGAUGACCUGACUGCAGAGAAGCAUGUUGAUUACCUUUUAAUUUUUGCUGACUAGCUGCCAAACACAAAUACAGAUUCAUUAUGUGGUAAACAGCAGAGAGAUAAUUCAGCAUGGGUCACUACUUGUGAAAAUAUGACUUACUCCAUCAGUCAUAGCAAUUAGGUGAUAAUGCCUAAUUAUAUUUUUCCUAAUUAAAGAUAAACUGCUCCUUGAUUAAAAGUUUUGCCCUUCACUUUUUAGAAACAGAGGUGAAAAUACAUUGUUGAAGUAACUCUUUUCAUCAUCACACCAAACCUAUGCAACAUCAGAGCCAAUAGGGUGGUUACAGUGAAAGGCACAAAGCCCACUAUAUCCGGUUUUGAGUAGUUUGGUACAAGUACAUCUGGGCAUACAUGAAAUGUACAUAGAAACACACCCCAUAUGGACAGUCAAACUUCUCCAAAAAUUAAAGCCAUGUUUAUGGGUCUUAAUUAAAAUACAUUAAUAACUGAUUUUUAUUGUAAGCUUUUUUUCUCUUCAUUCAUUAUCCACGAAUAAGUGUUACCUGAAAGCAGAAACAUGGCGAAAAUGGGGGGGGUGGAGGGGAGGGAGGGAGAAGGGCUGUGUUUGCUUUUGCGAAGGGGACUUAGUAAAGUGAAUCCCUCUGCUGUAUGAUCAAAAUAUAUGCACCAGAGAAAUUGCAUAUCUAAAACAUCAGAAAGACUCUGAUUUGCCUCUAAUUUAGUUUUAUAAAUCGUUGCUACAAGUUACUAAAUAAUAAGCCAUUUUUUAAGUCUGAAUUAUUUCCCUGUCAUUUACUGGUGUUGCUGCAUUUUGUCUUUGUGACUUUUUAUCUUUGUUGUUUUGAUCUAUCUGCUUUUAAGUUUUUGGAAUGCUGAAUUUAGCAUGCAUAAUAGAAUUAUGCAUUUAUUAACUGUCACUUGAGAGCCAAUUUUAAUAAACAUCAUUCAACGAUUGUUUAUUAUGAGGCAGGAACAUAUUCUGUUACUAUGGCAAUUUUUUGUAUACAUUUUAUCCAUGCAUUGGCCUGUUUAAAAUCAUAAAUAUUUCUGACACUAAAAAAAGCAGUAUCACAGCAAUGUCAAAAUCAAAUAAUUUGCUUAUGGGACAUGUCAUAUUUCAUCAAGAGAAAGUUCACUUUAAAACCAGGCUAAAUUUUUAACCAUUAAAAAUUAUGACUAAAAAGCAAUUUGUUAGUUUUUGCCUA